AACGGUGGAAAGUAGGAUAGUGAGUUUGUCUGCUUGAACACAUGAGAAAAAGAGGAAAGAAGAUGAGUGGAUCAAAGAGACGUGACAAGGAUUAAAGUAGUAGGAUGUGGUGGAGCAACAAAAGACCGGAUUUGUUUCACAAGACCUGGACACAAACAGGAGUGGAAGAAAAAACAAAUAGAGGCGAGCAGAAGGCAGAGAACUUGCCUGAACAGGAGGCAGCAGCAUAGUAGUAACUGAGGAGGCAUGCUCUCACUCACCCAAGGAGGAGGGGAAACACUAAAUAAACCCUAACAGACAAGAAGAUUGUGAGGUGGAGGAGGGGUCAGCGAAGUAAAAGAAAGCAUAAGAAAGCAUCGAGGCAAAAGAUUAACACUCCUGAAAGAGAGAGAGAGAGAGAGAGAGAGAGUGUGAGAGAGAGGUUGAGUCGAAGAGUUGGGAGGAAAUCUGAAAACAGAGGGAGGGUGACAGAAAGCAGAUGACGGGUGAGUGUUGAGCAAGCAGAGAGCGAGACACAAGGUGAGGGGUUCUUCCGGGUGAAGUUAGCAGGAGGUGAGAGGAAUGAGGGGACAUCUCUUGCAGUCAUUCUUCUCUUUGGUGAUCACUCUCUUCUUCUUGGGGAGCCUGAUGACCACUCUCAUCUGGUACAUGGUCGACACCAAUAAUGUGAAACCUCAAAGGCCAUCUCCUCAAAAGAAAAGUGACCCUCAGCCGUCUGAACUUUGUAAAGGCUGCAGGGAGGUCAUCAACAAAGUAAUAGAGCGUUACUCUAAAACCUGGAAGAAGCAGGAGGAAAAUUACCAAAAAUUCAGAUCUCAGCUGAGCAGCAAGUGCCAUGGUUUUGACAAGGCCAUCAUUACCCAGGCCAACACUCCAGUGGGAGCAAAGCUUGUGUAUGACGGAGAAAAGAAGAGGACCCUCCAGGUGACCCCAGAGAUUUUUAGCACCUUUGCAAAGGAGCAUCCGUUCCAAAAUAAAAUAUGGGACACGUGUGCUGUUGUUGGGAACGGUGGGAUCCUGACCAACAGCAGCUGUGGGAAGACGAUUGAUUCAGCUCAGUUUGUUAUGAGAUGCAACCUACCUCCCUUGGACAAAGGCUAUGAGAAACAUGUGGGCAUCAAGACUGACCUUGUGACAGCAAAUCCAAGCAUCCUCUUAGAGAAGUAUGGGGCUCUGAUGGGGCGUCGCCGUCCGUUUGUGGAGAGUCUGCGUAGCUAUGGCAACUCCCUGCUACUCCUUCCCGCCUUCUCCUUCGGCUUCAACACUCCUGUGUGUCUGCGGGCCGUCUACAGCAUUGAGGACUUUGAAAGCCCCACCCGGCCCGUCUUCUUCAACCCUGAGUACCUCCAGAAAUUGGCCCUCUUCUUGCGCUCCCAAGGCCUUCGAGCACCACGGCCCAGCACCGGCAUAAUAAUGGCUAGCCUGGCGCUGGAACACUGUGCCAAUGUGCACCUGUAUGGGUUCUGGCCCUUCAGUAGUCACCCCCACGGACUCCACGCCCUGACUAACCACUACUACGAUGACAGACAAACUAAAAAGAAAUUCCACUCCAUGCCGGCAGAGUUUGACCUCUUGUUGCAGCUGCACAGUCAGGGGGUGCUCAGGCUUCACCUGGGAGAUUGUCCACCAGGUGAAAGGUAGUUCCCAGACCCAGGGGCAGCUGACAGGACAAGCGUAAAGUGCCUCGUUUGUAGCUCGGUUGCUGAUGAAGUUUUUCAUGUAAUUUGGAAUGAAUGGACAGAUCUCUUUUUGCUGAUGACAUGUGUCCAAGCAAGGUGGAUGCUUGGACUUACAAUAAAUGCUGAGUUGGCCCAUAAGCAGCAAAGACAAUUGCACUAAAAACAAAAUACAACAAUUCUAAUACUGUUAACAUUAUAGUAUUGCAAUGGAUCUUAACUGUAUUUAUUAUCACAAAUGUUCCAGCUGGAGUCUGGAGGGAGCUACUUUGAUUUUAAUGGAAAUCCUUUGUGGAAGUCGACAUUGUAGUGCCUUCUUUUGGAUCAAACUGAAUGUAUUUUGAAGAAAAUGGAAUACCUCCUUUACAUUAAUAUUGCUGGACUAAAACAAUUUAAAAUGUAAUGAAAACUGCUGCACAAUGAAUGUAAAGAUUUUUUUGACAUUCAUUUGUUAAAAAGUUUAUCACACAUUUAACCACUUAGAAAAAUAUUCUAGGAACUCUCGAGGACAAAUGUAUGGUACUCACACAUUUUAAUCACACAAUUUUUGUAUAUGGAUGGUGCUGGUUGUGGAACAUUAUUUCUGGAAACUUGUUAUCACUUCACAUAACUGACAACUGGAUGUGUUACAGACAUGAGAUAAACCUCACAUAUUGAUACAAUGGAAACAAACACUUUUAAAGUUUAUGUAGAUGCUAACUCAAUGACGUCAAUGAUGUAAGGUGAUAUAAUGAUAAGGAGUGGGUGAAUUUUGGGUGAAAAUUUGAACCUUUGGUUUGAAUGUAACAUUUGCAUCAAGACUUGGGUGGCUCUUGUGUAACUGGGGGUACUGCCUUUCAUGCUGAUACUUAUAAAGUCUUAACAGUUAUUUUGUCACCCAGAACAAUAAUGUACAAGCUAUAAAUGAUCAAACUUGAGAACUCUUGAUGAGCCAGUUUUAGAAUCUUUUUUUUAAGUGAACAUCGAGGUGAGAGGGAUAAUUAAUUCAAAGUGAAUCAGUGAAUAAAUAUUUAUCACAAAAAGGUGAUUUGUAUGUAAUAAGUGGCUGGAUCCGAAUCCACUCGUCAACAAAAGCUUCCCCCCAGGCG